AUGAGCGUUGAAGUGACAGCUGAAAGUGAGCAUUCAUCAUGGAUUGAUUUUAAACCCGGUCGAAGAUUUGGUAAAUGGCGGAUAAAAAAUAAAUUAGAUGAAGGCGGCUUUGGACAAGUGUAUCGUGUGGAACAUAUUCAACAACGUGGUCGUUAUGCUGCAUUAAAAGCUGAACCAAAUGAUAUUGAGGGUGGAUCAGCAAUUAAACUUGAAAUUAUGAUAAUAAACUUUUUAAAUCGUGAUGGUGAUAAGCCACAUGUGGUGAAAUUAUUUCAUGCUGCAAAACAUAAAAAAUUUUCAUAUAUGAUUGUAACAUUACUUGGUGAAAAUCUUCGAACACUUAAAAUAAGUUGUCAAGGAGAAUAUUUAUCAAUGGAAACAUGGUCUCGAAUUGGUAUACAAUGUUUGUAUAGCAUAAAAUUAUUACAUGAUAUUGGCUUUGUACAUCGUGACAUUAAGCCAGCUAAUUUUGUAAUGGGACAUGAAAGUGACGUUGAGCAAGCAAGAUGUGUUCAUAUUUUAGAUUUUGGAUUAGCACGUAAUUAUGCAUUUGAAAAACGUAAAGGUCAUUGGAUAGCACGUCGAGCACGUCGUUCAGCGGAAUUUCGUGGCACAAUGCGCUAUUGUUCACCAUCAGUUCACGAAAAGAAAGAACAGGGACGUAAGGAUGAUAUUUGGUCAUUAAUUUAUUUAUUAAUUGAAAUGCAUUGUGGCUUACCAUGGCAACAUGAAAGAGAUAAGGAACGAUUGGAAAUUAAAAAAUGA